AUGCUAUUGCCAACAGAUGCACUGGACAGUUUAUGGAAUUUCAAGUUACCAAUACUAAUCUCAAACUUUCAAGCCUUAAUAUUUGGAGUCAUAUCUGGAAUGACCGCACAUAAAAUUGUUCCACACAAAAGUGAUAUGAUUGCUAAAAGACUAGCAGGUAUAGCAUUUUUCCUUCUAAAAAGAAUACUGAUUCCUAUCAUGCCUUUAUUUAUAUUAGGUUUUAUUUUAAAAUUGCAGCAUGACCAAAUUUUAUUGGUUGUUUUUAAAGAUUAUAUUGCAAUUUUUACCAUCAUGAUAGUUGUCAUCUACCUUUAUGUUAUAUUGUUAUACGGAAUUGCAAGUUCAUUUAAUAUCACAAAUUGGCUAACAAGCAUGAAGAAUAUGGCACCUGCGUUAGUUACAGCAAUUGCAACGUCAUCAAGCAGUGCUACAAUACCUGUCACUUUAGAAGGAUGUAAAAAGAAUAUCAAAGAACACGACAUGGUAGAUUCUAUGGUUCCUGUAAUUGCAAGUACUAGCUCUCCUGGCAACUGUUUUUGUAUUAUUGUUCUAGCUUUAGUGAUUAUAGAAUCUUUUGGCACUCAACCACUAACAAUAUGGAGCCACCUAAGUUUUUUGUUGUAUUUCCUUAUGCUGAAGUUCACUGCUGCAGCACCAGGUAGUAACAUAAUCGUAGUACUGGGAAUUCUUGAGGGAUAUUUGCAUUUUUCUCCAGCCAUGCUGUCACUAAUAACUGCAAUUUAUGUGAUGAUUAACCCUAUCAUCACUGGCGCAAAUGUUACUGGAGAUGGUGCAUUAAUUAUCAUAUUUACUAAACUUUAUAAAAAAUUUCAAAAGCUCAUAUAGCCAGUACAGUAGACAAUUUCUCUUGACUGUUAAGACUGUAGGUUUUAUGUUUAAAACUAUAAUGAUAGGAGUAUAUGGAAAUUUUUCUUGAUAGUGCUGAUUUAAAUGAAAUUAAAGAAUUAAAAGAAUUAAUUGAUGGUAUUACAACUAAUCCCUCAUUAAUUGCAAAAUCUGGCCAUAAAAAUAAAUACAAGGACUUAAUAAGUGAGAUAUGUUCAAUUAUAGAUGGACCUGUUAGUGUUGAAGUUGUUGCUGAUAGUCAUGAAGAAAUGGUGAAAGAAGGACUAGAUUUGGCAAAAAUUGCUGAAAAUAUCAUCGUAAAACUACCUCUUACAUAUAAUGGAUUAAUUUCUUGUAAAAAGUUAUCGACAGAGUAUAAUAUAAGUGUUAAUAUCACCUUAUGUUUUUCUCCUGGACAAGCACUACUUGCUGCUAAGGCUGGUGCUUGUUUUAUUUCUCCCUUCAUUGGCCGCCUGGAUGAUAUCAGUUAUGAUGGGCUGUCCUUAAUAGAAGAUAUAUGCACUAUGUAUUCCAACUACAUGUUCGAUACUAAAGUUCUCGUUGCAUCA